AUGUCUGUAAAGUCCGUGCCAUCCGCAUCGUCAGCCGCAUCGUCGUCGUUGUCGUCGUGCAGUGAGAUCAGCAUCGAGGAACUGCACGCCCGAUCCUCACCAGAUUUCUCGUCCGAGUUUACGCUCGCCAACAUCAAGCAGGAGCCGCGUGCGGUGUCGCCGAUACUCACACCACCGCACACGCCCACCGAGGACAGCGGUAUUGGUGGUACGAUCAUCCGCACGUCCCCCCUGCCCCAGCACCACUACCAUCACCACCACCAGCAGCGACACAUUCCGGUGAACCACUAUCAUCCGUAUCAGUACGAGAUGGAACGUUCGCGGACGGUCACCAACGCCAGCCUGCGUCAACACAGUCAGCAGCAACAGCCACAGUUUCCCCAGCCGGACAUGGCGAGUGCAUUCGUGCCGCAGCAACAACCACCACAACCCUCGCCGCCGCAGACGAUCGUGACUUCGCCGUCGGCGAAUCCGAUCGAAGCCGCAUUCCUGUACCAACAGCAACAAGCGCAGCAGCAGCAGCAGCAGCAGCAGCAACACCAGCGUCUCUGGCAGCAGCAUCUGCAGCAAACCGGUUACCAUCCAGCGGCCGCCGCCGCCGCCGCCGCCUACGCCCACCCGCACGCCGCCCUCAUGCAGCACUGGAUUCGCAACGCGGCGCUCUACCAGCAGCGGCUCCAUCCGCAUCCGCACGGUCCGGCCGUCGUCGGCCCGCACCCGCACCACCCACACCACCACCAGCACCCGCACCAUCACCACCCGUAUGGGGCGAUGCUGGCGGGGCGCCCGGGCGGCAUGAAGCUGCCGGGACACCAGGGUGCGGUCGGGGGCGGUAGCUCGCGGCCGAAGAAGCAGUUCAUCUGCAAGUACUGCAACCGCCAGUUCACCAAGUCGUACAACCUGCUCAUCCACGAGCGCACGCACACCGACGAGCGGCCGUACUCGUGCGACAUCUGCGGGAAGGCGUUCCGGCGGCAGGACCAUCUCCGGGAUCACCGGUACAUCCACUCGAAGGAGAAGCCGUUCAAGUGUUCGGACUGCGGCAAGGGCUUCUGCCAGUCGCGGACACUCGCCGUGCACAAGGUGACGCACCUGGAGGAGGCGCCGCACAAGUGUACCAUCUGCAACCGGACGUUCAACCAGCGCGCCAACCUCAAGACGCACAUGCAGAGCCACGUGCUGGGCGGUGAGGGUGCAGUGGGUUCCCCUGCUACGCUGCAGCAUCCGUUGGGUGUUGGGUCCGGUUCCCAGCCGCUGCCGGCGUUGGAUCUCUCCCAGAAGUCCUCCUCAGCGUCGUCGCGAUCGUCCGAGGAGAAGGACAUCAUCGUCGACGAGGACUUCGACGACGAGGAGGAGGAAGAGGACGAGGAGGAGAUCGAGGAGGAGGAGCUCGAGGAGGAGCUCGAGGAGGAGGACCACCACCACGCCCUCGGGCGGACCGAUGGGGUGAUGGACGUGCGGCAGAUGCUACUGCUCGAGCACGGUGCGAACGGACCCGAUUCGAGCGGAUUGCAUACGCCCAGGCGCAAUGCACCCGGAAGUCCACCCUCCACCGCCCUCAGCCCCGUCGAACCCCUGUCCCCGCCCGCACCGAAGGCGUCGGCCCCGAAGCGGUCGCUCGGCUUCUCCAUCGACGAAAUCAUGCAGCGAUAAGAGGCUAGUAGUGCGGAAGGGGAGGAAGCCAGAGAGCCAGAGAGGAGGCUAAACCCAGGUGAGGGGUGUUGAUGUUCCUUACCCAUCGAGGCAGUCCCGGCGGUGCGUUAGAGUUAGAGUAGAAAAAUGGGGCGGCAGAGCUGUAAGGCGGUAGAGGAUAAGCCCAGGAUAACCACCACAUAUCCCAGUUGCAGGAUAUUAACGCAUACCAUAGCCAUACCGAAGCCAAAACGAACCCGAUCGAAACAGAUCGAACCAACAAACCGGACAAACAUACGCAGCGCAGGGGAAUGAGCAGAUAAUUGAGAAGCUAGAGGAAAAACGGAAAGGAAAGGAAGCGAAAAGACUAGGUGUAGGGCACGAGAAAAACCAUGGACAAAGAGGCCAAAGAGGAGAGAGAGAGAUAGAGAGAGAAAGAGAGCACGAUCGAUCCAUGGAAGAAGGUAAUCCGAAGGGUGUAUGUAACAGUUAGAGCAAUUUAACCACGUUAGCAGCACGAUCGGAGCGGAGCAGGGAAAGAGGUCCGGUCGUGGACUUCUUUCCGUGGAGGGUUUUUGGGUUGUUGAAGCCCGAGGAGCGAUCUAGCGAGGCGUGCGCGCGGUUCCCCCAUUUUGCCGGCAAUUUGUGUGGGACAUGGUGUGUUUACCA